CCCAUUUCCUUUGGGAAAAAAGUGGUCAGCUAUUUUUUUUUAGCUGACAUCUUUAUGUUUUUAGCUGUUAGCCUUCGGUGCUAAGUAACUUUUAGGGUUACUUUUUCAUUAAAGGUCUAUACGCAAAUCUCACGAAGUCCACGCUGUGAGCGAGAGCAGCUUCUCGGCCUUUGAAAAGUUACUAUGGAAGAAGUACAGCAGGUCAGCAAUGGCACAGAAUCACAGGCUGCAACCAUUCCUACUACCAUCACAACCUCUCAGUUCUCACAGAUAGGCCAACAGAUGUCACUGGGUGGUUCUUCUGUAGCUGUUGUUCAGCUGCCUGGGGGUCAGUUUCAAGUUCAGGGAGUGAUCCAGUCUGCACAGUCGUCAGUCAUUCAGUCCCCUCAGGGGCAGACUACUCAGGCCCAGGGUACAGAUAGUGAAGACUCACAGGACUCAUCAGACAGUGGAGCAGCAACUCAAAAAACCAGGGAAAUACUGGCAAGACGGCCAUCGUAUCGAAAGAUUCUAAAUGACCUUUCAUCUGAGGAAGUGGCACACAUUGAGGGAAAGGAUAGCAGUCCGACAUCCACGGGAGUGACAGGUGUUACGGUACCAACUACACCGAUCUACCAGACCAGCAGCGGCCAGUACAUUACUAUAAGUGCAAAUGGCACGAUCCAGCUGGCAACUCCAGGGUCCGAAGCCAUUCAGGGACUGCAGACUGUUACCAUGGCCAACUCUGGUGGAGCCCAGCCAAGCACCACCAUUCUUCAGUAUGCCCAGACACCUGAUGGACAGCAGAUACUGGUGCCUAGCAAUCAGGUUGUUGUACAAGGUGCAGGAGGAGAAGUGCAAACGUACCAGAUCCGCACAGCACCCACAUCCACCUCCCUGCCUCAGACUGUAGUUAUGGCCUCUCCUGUGGGACUAUCCCAGACUAAGACUGAUGAUCCAACACUGAAGAGAGAAAUCAGGCUUGCAAAAAACAGAGAGGCAGCACGUGAAUGUCGACGGAAGAAAAAGGAAUAUGUUAAAUGCCUGGAAAAUCGUGUAGCUGUUCUUGAGAACCAAAACAAGACUCUGAUUGAAGAACUCAAAACAUUAAAGGAUCUUUAUUGUGUUAAAACAGGGUAACCUGUGUGAAUAAUGUUCAUGGAUUGGGACGUAGUGUGACAGUGGCACAGCUCAGCCAUUUGGACAUGAUGGGGUUUCUGGGAACACUUCAUUUUUUCAGGCUGAGAUUCUACAGGGUUUGUUUUUUGUUUUUGUUUUUUUUUUGUUUGUUUUUUUACUCUGUUUGAUAAAGUGACUUAUAGCAGUGAUAUUUACUCAAAAAUUACAAAUAAAUUGGCCAUUUUUCCACCUGC